AUGGAUGAUGGGUGGAUGGAUGGAUGGAUAUGUAUUUGUACAUUUGCUGGAUUUGGAGAAGAUGUGCAGGGGAAGGGGGAUUGGUUAAAGGGAUGUGGGAGUGGGAGUGCAUUGGAAUGGGUUGGAAUGGAUGUUGGGAAGAGGGGUAAUUAG